GGAAAUAGUUGAAAAGGUUCUAAGCUGCCGUGAGCAAGAGCUGAGCCUUCCCUGGCGCCCAUAUCGCGCAAGAAGCAGGUUAUUGUGUCGACCUUUUUGCCCGAAUUUACGAGGGAUAGGUAUUCAUUCUUUGGUCGGAUAUCGAAGCUAAUGUCGCCAUGGUUGUAUGUUGCAUGCCAACAUUAACUCCUGUCUUAGGAAGUUAUUAUAACGGUCUCGCCACUCUUAUAAGUCGGAUUCACCCUAAUAAAUGGUCUUUCUCAUCGCCAAGUCACUUUACUAGCAAACCAUCCAAUAUCAACUUGAAACCACCCAUUACUUCAGAAAUAGCGCUACUUCCAUCAGCAAAAUUUCCGCACGAUGUGGUGUCUUGGCAAGAUGCUCCUAGAGUGAUCACGAAGGCCAGUUAUGGUGUAGCCGAGGCGCAAACCAUACAAAAUAACGAAGGAUUUUAGCCCGUACCGAGAUCCAUAGAACAUUUGAGCUUAGGGAAGGGUUUUUCUGAUUUUAUUUUAUUUCCAGCUUGGAUAGGUGAAUUCCACUUUAUAUGGCAUUGGGAUGUAAUACUAUUGCAGAUAUAUGCGUAUACGUUGAGCCAACAGAGACUUAUCGAGUUCAUGUGCUGAGGGCCAAGAUAAGUAGAAGGGUAUUAGACGCCAUUAUGUCAGUAUUACAGUCGAAGGAAGAAGAUCAACAUUGUAUGAC